AUGGGGAAAGGGCAUGAUGUAAAGAAGGAAAGAGGCAAGAAGGAUGAAGAUAAAAACAAUGAGUAUCAUCCUUAUCGUCGUGAUAAUAAAUCUUUUAAUUCAAAAAAUUAUAAAAUGAAAUAUAAGCAUUCUUAUAAUUCCUCAGAUGAAUAUAAAAAAUAUGAUUCAUAUGAUACGUAUAAUUCAUAUGAUACAUAUAAUUCUUAUAAAUCACGUGAAGAACAUAAAAAUAACAAACAUAUUUCCAUCAAGCCAGUAAACAAAAAAAAAUAUAUACAUUCCCCAUCUCCCAAAAGAACAAAAAAAAAUUAUGAUGAAUUAAGUGAUUAUAAUAAAUAUAAAAAAUACUCUAGCUCCAAAACGGAUAAAAAAAAAAAUUCUUAUUAUAAGGAACAAUCAAAUAAAUAUAAAGGGAAAAGAAAAUAUGAUGAAAGCUCACCAGAAAUAUACGAUAAAAAAAGAAAAAUAAAAAAUAAAAAAUAUGAUUAUGAACAAGAGGAAGAAAAAUAUAAUAGGCAUGAUGAACGAAGGGAUAGUAGCUAUUAUACUUCAAAUUAUUCUGAGGAUUCAUCAAAAAGAGAUGGGGAAAAAAAAGAAAAGGAAGAUUUAUAUAUCUCAAAAAGGGAUUUUAGUGAAAAAAAAAAGUCCCAUAAGGGUGAACAUAAUAAUAACAAUCAUUAUAAGGAUCAAAAGAGUAAUCAUGAUUAUUAUAAGGAUAAACACAACAAUAAAAAUCAUCAUACGGAUCAAAACAAUAUUAAUAUUUGUGAUCAAAUAAAUGUUUUUGCUGAGAAAAACAAAACAGAUAAUCUUAUUAAUGAAGAAAAAUAUACCGUAAAGGAACAUUUAAUAUAUGAAGAUGAAAAAAAUGUUUCAUGUGAGAGUAAUAAAGAUUCUGGUAGUGAAGAUAGCGCAAUUUUAAAUGAUUAUUCCUCUGAUGAAGAAAAAAAUAAAAUCGACUGUAUCUUAAAUGGUUGUAGGAAUGUUAAAAAUUAUAAAAAGUUAAAUAAAAUAAGUGAAGGUACAUAUGGAGCAGUAUAUAGAGCACAAAAUAAAAAAACGAAAAAGAUCGUUGCUUUGAAAAAACUAAAAAAUUUUUCUAGUAUGCAUAAUGAAGGAUUUGCUAUGACUUCUUUAAGAGAAAUAAAUAUAUUAUUACAAUUACAACAUGAUAAUAUUUUAUCCAUUAAAGAAGUUGUUUUUGGAAAACAUUUAAAUGAUAUAUAUUUAGUUAUGGAAUAUAUAGAACAUGAACUUAAAAUGGUACUUGAUAAUAAAUCUCCAAGUUUUACUAUAUCUGAAUUGAAAUGUUUAUUAAGACAAUUACUUAAUGGAAUUAAUUAUUUACAUAGCAAUUGGGUUAUGCAUAGAGAUUUAAAACCAACUAAUUUAUUAUACAGUAAUAAAGGAAUAUUAAAAAUUUGUGAUUUUGGUAUGGCUAGAAAAUUUGGACAUGUAACUAAUCAUAAUUUUACAAAAAAUGUAGUUACUUUAUGGUAUCGAGCACCUGAAUUGUUAUUAGGUGAACAAUGUUAUACUAAUAAAAUUGAUAUUUGGAGUGUUGGAUGUAUUUUUGCGGAAAUGAUAUUAAAAAAACCAUUAUUUAUUGGAGAAAACGAAAUUGAUCAACUUUUUAAAAUCUUAUGUCUUUUAGGAUUACCAGAUAAGGAAUCCUAUCCUGAAUUUUAUGAAUAUCCUUUUAUAUCCAAAAAUAAAGAACUCUUUAAAAAAAAAAAAAUUAAAAUGAAUGUUAAUAAUUUACGUUCACACUUCCCAAAUAUAGCCAACCAAUUUUCAGGUCUAUACUUAUCUGAUAUUGGUCUAGAUUUAUUACAAAAAAUGCUACAUUAUAAUCCUCAAUGCAGAAUAUCAGCACAGGAAGCAUUAAACCAUCCUUACUUUAAUGAAUUCCCAAAACCUUUGGACAUUAAAGAUAUGCCAAUUGUACCUGAUUCAAAUAAAUUUAUCCGAUCCAAUAAAAUGGCUAACCACUUUAAAUUAAAUAGCCAAAAUAAUAUACAAUUCCAUUCAUGA